ACGGAGGGGGGGUGUCUUGAUGUCGACACAAACUUCGGUUCUUUCCGGGUAAGCCGAUGGUGACGUCACCUCGGUGGAACGUCGUCGAAGUAUGUUUGCUUGCCGGGGGUCGAACGACCUCCUUGAUUUGGGUCGGGCUUGAACACACGACCCAAAAAGCACCGGGACGGAGCCGUCCUUCUUGGUCUCGAAUGGCCCGGCCGAAAGAGAACACGACUGUGGGAGGCUGAGGCAAAGGGGGCGACGCGCGGGCUCAUUUCACGGAGGACGAGGCGGAGGUCGGUUUUGAAAGACGGACUUGAAGAUGAUGAUCAUAACCAUGACUAGAGAAAGAAGAAAGCUGCUGGAAAUGUGCUGUUUACUGCUUGUAAUGACCGGAAGUGGACAUAGUGGAGACGCCCGGCAGACGCAGCAUCUGUCCUCCUAUCAGCUGACGGUGCCACGGGCAAUAGGAGACAGGCCGAGGAGGGACGCUGACGGCUCGCCACCCGAUCAGGUGUCGUACGCCAUUGACGUGUCGGGACGCAGCCGUGUCGUUCGUCUGGAGCGGAACCGGAUGCUGCUGCCUGCCGACUUCAAAGUAUUUACGUACGCGGACGACGGACAAGUCGUCACGACAGCGCCGGAUGUUCGGGAUCACUGCCACUAUCAGGGCUUUGUUGAAGGCAUGGAGGGAUCGUCCGUUGCCAUGAGUGUUUGUAACGGCCUCAGAGGCGUACUGCAUCUAGAUGACGACAGCUACGCCAUUGAGCCUCUCGACUUGGCCCCCGAGCAGCACCUGCUGUACCGCCUGCGGGAUGUGACAUCACAGCCUCGCGGAUGCGGGAUGCCGCAUCACCAGCAGGCUCACAGCCACAGCGAAGACGCACGUUCACAACCCCCGCUGGAGAGCCACCAGCACGCCAGGGUGAAGCGAGAUAUUCUCCAUCGCACACACUACGUGGAACUCCUGCUGGUGGUGGACAAUGACAGGUACAACGCCGUGAAGCGGAACGAGAGCGCGGUGCGGGAGGACAUGGUUCAUUUGGCCAACAUCGUCGAUGGCAUCUACAUGCAGCUGAAUGUACGCGUGGUCCUGGUGGGCCUGGAGAUCUGGACCAGGCAGAACCUGAUCAGCACAGAGGGAGGCGCCGGCGAGGUCCUGAGUCGCUUCACCCAGUGGAGGGAGAAGGAACUGCUGCCUCGCCGCCGACACGACUCGGCGCAGCUGGUCACGAUGAAGAGUUUUGGGGACACGGCGGGAAUGGCGUUUAUCUCCACCGUCUGUUCGAGAAGUCACGCUGGCGGAAUCAACACGUUCCUGAACAACAACGUGUUUGCCUUGGCCUCCGUCGUGGCUCACGAGCUUGGCCACAACCUCGGCAUGAACCACGACGACAGCCGGCCUUGCACGUGCCCCACGCAAGCGUGCAUCAUGAACUCCGGCGCCACAGGUUCCCGGAACUUCAGCACCUGCAGCGCCGACGACUUUGAGAAGAUGCUGCUACGCACGGGCGGCUCGUGUCUCCUCAACGUGCCGCGACCUGACGAGGCCUACAGCGCCCCCUACUGCGGGAACGGUCUACUUGACUUUGGGGAGGACUGCGACUGCGGAUCGGCGCAGGAGUGUGAGAGCGACCCCUGCUGCGAGUUUGAGACCUGCAGACUGAAGCCGGGAGCCGAGUGCGCUCACGGCGAGUGCUGCUCCAGCUGUCGGUUCCGGCCUGGCGGGACCGUGUGCCGCGCCAGUGUGGACGAGUGCGACCUGCCUGAGUUCUGCAAUGGCUCCUCCUCUCUCUGUCAGAAUGACGCUUUCGUGCAGAACGGUCAUCCCUGUCGCAAUCAGGAGGCGUACUGCUACGAUGGCCGCUGUCAGCAUGCCCAAGACCAGUGCAGGAGCAUCUUUGGAGCCAAGGCCAAGAUGGCGCCAGAGGUCUGUUUCAAAGAGGUCAACAGCAAAGGCGAUCGCUUUGGGAACUGUGGCUACCUAAACUACGGCUACAAAAAGUGCGAGAGCAGAAACGCCUUGUGCGGCAAGCUGCAGUGCGCCAACGUGCAGGGCGUCAAAGCCUUCGGCAUGGAGCCCUCCAUCAUCAGCACGCCCAUAGGGGGCGCCGUCUGCUCCGGGGUGGAUUUCAUGCUGGGCUCGGACGUGCCCGACCCCGCCAUGGUCAAUCAGGGCACCAAGUGCGGCCCGGACAAGGUGUGCCUCAACUUUGAGUGUCGGAGCGUCAACGUUCUCAACUACGAUUGCGACGCUGACAACAAGUGUCACGGUCACGGGGUGUGCAACAACAACCGGAACUGUCACUGUGAGUCCGGCUGGGCGCCGCCCUUCUGUGAGCUGGCAGGUUACGGGGGGAGCGACGAUAGCGGGCCCACCUGGAAUGACAAAGACAAGUCCCUGAGAGACGGCCUCCUCGUCUUCUUCUUCUUGAUCGUGCCUCUGGCCGUGCUGGCCACCUUGGCCUUCCUGCGCCGGAAGUGGAUACUGCGGCGCCUCGGCUUUACUCGCAGGGGGCGCUCUCAGGGUUACCGGCCCGAAGGACUGGCGUCAUCCGAUUCCGCCGGAGGACCGCCUCCAAGGGCUCAGCUGCCUCCUGUUACCCGCGGCAACACCAACAACAUCCUCAGAGAUGCGGUGAGCACACGUAAAGAGCGUGCGUGCGUGCCACAUAAAGAUCACGACAGCCAGCUUCUGCCGCCACACGAGGUGGUGCCGAAAAGCAAGAGCGCUACCUCGUACGCCGUGAGGCCGCCGCCACCGCCUCUGAAGCCCAAACCGUCUGGGACGGCUCAGCCUCUGAUGCCUCAAAGACCCGCCCCUCCGCCACCAGUAUAAACGGCGUCCUACGGUCUGAGCCUCGCCGAGUGACAGUCUGGAAGCAGGAAUCCGGACCAAGAAACAACUUGUCAGAGUCAUAUGCGGCUGACGUAAGCGCCGGAACUACUCAUAUGCAGCCGUAGGCAUGCUGGCUAACUAGCGCUCGCUUGCUGGCGGCUUCAGGCAACCGAGCCUGAGUGCAGCAUUUCUCCGAUUGGCUGCUUUGAAGACUGCAAAACCGAAACCACUAUGCCAAGAAGCGAGGACUGACGACUUUUUGUUUAUUUCUAUUGUUUACGGCCGCAGUCUCUAACCCGAACACUGCUAGCGGCGAGCGCAGGAAGACGGAACAAAAAAUGAUUUCUUGAUCAUCAGUCGGAAAGAAGUUUUAUUUGGGAAAACCACCUCUGUUAACUUUUCAAAAGCCCUCAUCUUGUUCUCAUAGUACAAUACUAAGAAAAAGCCCACAAACGAGCAAUUUGCUUUAAUAAAAUGAAGGCUGCAACGACGCAUUUCUUCACUCAUUGAUGAAUGUUGAUCCGUUUUUAGAUUAAUCAGAUUUCCCCCAAGAAUAUCCAAAAACAGAACAUUGUUUCUAAUGCACAAACAAAGUAGAGGAUUUGGUAACUGGCUGGGCCUGUUCGGUGAAUGAAAUUCUGAGGACUUGGUUAGUUUUCUGUGAAACAAUGACUCCAUUUUCUUCUGGGUUCGGUUCGCCUUGGCAGCAACUUAACUCGGUGUGUUCAAUCAUUCUAUCAUAGAAAUAUUGGACAAUUAAGCUUGUUCGACGCAAGUUGGGCCCCGCUGGUCUUCGGGAAGCACCGGUGCCCUCUAGUGGCACUCACAUGCACUGCUAUUGGAAUGUCGAGUGUCCGAUAGUGCCCUCUGGUUCGGUGCGGUUUCUUCCAUGACGUCGCCGUGGAGCACUUCCACGAAACACACUCGUACACACGAGGACAACAACUUCCUUUCCAUACUCAUGACAUCACAUCGCCAAGUUGUCCCAACACUUUCAAAUAGGUGUCCUGGUCUUUUAUGGACAUGUGCAGUGUGCGUUCAAGUUUUGUUUCAGCAGGGACCCUCCUCGACAUUAUCAUCGUCAACUUUCUGCUGUGCCACUUUGCUGCCACUUAUCAACCCGGAUGCUGCGUUUUUAUUUGAUUGACUUUGAAUAUGCUUUUUAAAAUCAAGGGACUGCCUGGGUGUGAAUCAAAUAUUUGUUUGUGUGUACAUCGGGGUGUGAAAGCAUUGUGUUUUUAUCCCCCACAGCUGAUGAUUUGAAAAUAGUGUGUUCUGGGCAAUUUCAGCUUAUUAAAAUAUGUUUGCCAUUUA